AUGACACUUAUAAUAGUUCAACAAAAUACUUGUACUUCUUUUCAGCCGAUGGAGGAUUUGCCAACAGUAGUAGACGCAGCACAAUUAGAAUCACUGACAGCAGCAACAACAGCAACAUCAAUUACAAUCGAUCAACAACAAGUGGAAAUUGCUCUGGACUCAAAGUCUUAUGGAUUUGAAGAUCUUCAACACCAACACCAACAACAAUCUUUAAAUUCCAAAUUAAAAAUAUCAACUGCGCAACUUGAUUUAAAUCAUCAAGAAUUCAACUCCAUUGGCAACAAGUCGUCGGAAAGAGCAACUACCAUCAAACCCAAACUCAUUGAAAAAUCAACCAUUGUUAAAUACUACGAGAACAACAACUACAACAAUAUGAACAAUUCCAGAAUUCUAAAAUCACCACAAUCACCGCAAUCACCACAAACUCCACAGACUCUAUUAUCACCACAAAAUGCCUCACCAAAGUCACCGCAAUCUCCGUAUCAACCUACACAAGCAACAACCAAUCCACAACAAUGUAAAGGAUUCGAACAGAAUCCAUGGAGACCUCUGAUGUGUAGAUUCUGUUUUUCACCAAAGGAUCAACAUCUGCCAGCUACCACCACCACCGGCCAACCACCAAUUCAACCUCAAACACAAACGCAAACAACAAUCACCAAAACAACAACAACCAUUAAUAAAUCACCAAUAAAAUUGGUUGCCCAGGUUGCCGAUAUAUUGCCAACAGUCAAACCAACAGAACAACAAGCUGUCAUAGCAUGUACAACAACUACCACCACCACUACUACCACUACCACUACUGGUGGCGGCAAGUCGUCUACACUUCUCUCGUCCACCACAACAUCGUCAUCGUCAUCUUCACAAACAGUUGAAAAAUCACCUGUCAAUUCACCAAGAAUAAAGUCAACUCCAGUUGCUUCACCUUCACCACCCACUCUCAAAAGACAACCAUCCACAGCUUCUUUGGUUGGAGUGGAAUUGCCAACAUCCGAUUCAGUUGAAUCGUCAACCUCCAAAAUUGUAAAUCACAACAACACCACCACCACUUCAAAACCAAUACCAAUUGUUUUAUCACCAUCCAGAUAUCAAUUGAUUCCAAAUCCCGUACAAUCAUCACCUGUCAAAUAUGUAGAAACUGCAACAACCUCUUCACCUUCAACUCAGUUACCAACCAUUGUAAUUCCACCCCAACAACAACAACAACAACAACAAUCCACUCCACAAAAUAAUCAACAGCCAAAUUCACCUCGAUAUUCAACUUCAUCGUCUUUAUCAGCGGCUACUACAACCACAACCAAAUCCAAACGUUCAUCCGUAUCGAUUACUAUUUCAACAUCAACUUCAUCGUCGCAACUGACUGCAACCGAUGAUAUUCCUGUUGGAAUAGUAACUUCAUCGUCAUCGACCUCCACCUCUAUCCUAGCCAAACAGACAUCCACAGACUCUUUACUCUCAACGACCACCAUGACAACUACAACUUCUGCCACGCUGCCAGUUAGUGAAGUUCCACUUGCAGCCGUUACAACACCCGAACAACAACAACCAUCCUCCACCAACACUACAAGCGUAACACAACCAAAUCCAACCAUUGUCAAGCUGACGUUGAGUAACAAGACAACAGAGAUCUACGAUGACGACGAUCCAUUCAAAGAUUUCGAUGACCUCAUUGACAUUCCAAAAACAAUAACGACCACCACAACCAUCUCCACCACCAAAGAAGAGGGUAAGACGGAAACCUCAACUUCUUCCACCACCACAACCAUCCUCUGUAGUCCACGAAAUGUAAUUAAAUCCAACAGCUCACCGAUUCCCUCCAGCUCUUCACCCAAUGCCUCCAGUAAAUUAGGAAUACCCUCGUCUGCAACCUCUUCUGUAUCGCCACGCCAAAUGAAGCGUUCGCCACUCGGACCAAAGCGAUCGCUGGUGCGCGGUAUGGAUCAAUUCAAAGAGUCGGACGACGACUGGGAUCAAGGAAUGGAUCUAUCUUCGUUCCUCAAGCAAAAGAACAAAAUCAAAGAUUUCAGUUAUUGUUCCAACAAGAUCAUGGAGAUCACCGGUGUCAAAGAGGAAGCACAACGCCAGUCCGUAGACUUUGGUGGCGGUAUCCAUCCAAGUGCAUUCGAGGCAUUCAAAGACAUUCUUCGGGCAAAAGAAACUCAAAUCCAGAAAGCAAUGAAACUAAACAAAAUCGACGAGAACGACUGUGAAAUGUUAACUGUCCAUCUCAACUCUGUCAAAGAGUUACUCGAUAAACUACUACUCGUAAACUCUGAAAACAGCAAUAUAAAUGACACCAGUAGUAGUAGUAGUAGCAGUAAUUCUAACUCUAUUAAAGUUCCAACAACAGCAUAG